UUUAACAAUAUUUAACAAAUGCUUUUGAUUUUAGUUCAGUUUAAUAUGAGUUUAAUUUGUCCUAGCAUAUUUAAUUUUUUUUAAAACGACUUUCACAUUUACACAUCGGUUUGCGGUGCUCUCUAUUUUCGCCACUUUCAAGAAGCUUGGCAACCCAGACACAACCUUGCUGCAUUUUGAGCUCCAACGUUCUAGCAAUGAACUAACGAAAAUAUCAAUCAAAAUUUCAGCCUUUUCUCUUCAGGAACAGAUAGGCACACACCCAGACUUGGGAGCACGAGGUACAGAUUUCGUUAUUAAGCAAUCCCGGCAAGCAUGGGCAACACAGCGAUUACCAGUGUCCGGAUGGAGGCCAGCAAGACUGUGCCAGUGGACCACGCCAAGUACAUGAGCGCCGGCGGCUCCCCACCGCCGGAGUGUCCCAUGCAUCAGAAGCAUGGCGAUGCUAAAUCCGCUUCGGCCGUGCCGCCACAUCCCAAGAUGCAGGCAGCAUCAGAGUGCCCGGUACAGCACGACAACAGCGAUGUGAAUCCGCUGAACAUGAUGCCGCCAGCCAACCAGCAGCCGGCACCGGACCAGCCCUUCCCACUGCCAACCGACCGUCAGACGUCGACCAUUCCUAAGGUGACGGAGGACGGCACAGUUCAGUUCUGGCAGUAUCCCAGCCAGCAGAUGUUCUGGAACGCUAUGUUGCGAAAGGGCUGGCGCUGGAAGAAUGAGGACGUCUCGCAAAAGGAUAUGGGCGAUAUCAUUCGCAUUCACAACGCCAACAACGAGCAGGCCUGGCAGGAGGUGCUCAAGUGGGAGGCGCUGCACGCCAAGGAGUGCGGUAAUCCACGCCUCAAGAGCUUCGGCGGCAAAGCCAAGGACUUCAGUCCCCGCGCCCGUUUCCGCAGCUGGCUGGGAUACGAGCUGCCAUUCGACAGGCACGACUGGAUCGUCGAUCGGUGCGGCAAGGAUGUGCGCUACGUCAUUGACUACUACGACGGCGGCUUGGUGGACAAGGACUAUAGAUUCGCACUCUUAGAUGUACGCCCAGCCAUGGACUCUCCCGGCAACGUUUGGGACCGGAUGCGUGUGACCUAUAUGCGAUGGAAAUACGAGUUAUCCGAGAAGUUUGGCAGCCGAGACGACGGCAAAGUGUCUGCUGGCAGCGACUAGAGGAACCCAUAGAUAUCUGUACAAAAUCGGCUUAAGUUAUCAUCGAAUGCAACUGCAGUUGUAGUUGAAUGCGUUUAAACUGUUUAGCACUGAAGGAAGCCCCAACUGUGCUUCUCUAUUUAAAUAAAAUUAAAUUCUGACUUUUAAACACCUAA